CAGUGGAGUACACUUUACACACAUACAGGAGUCUUUAAACUGUGUUAUAGUAUUUCCUCCCGAGCUCCGAAGAUAUCUAAUAGCAGUGUCCUCGAGCCAAUAAAUCUGUCUGAUCAUGCCAGUGGACAUGGCCGUGCAGCUCUACAUUACGUCCUCUCCACCUCUCCAUCAUAGAUUCCUCAACUCGUACAAGGACUACAGAGUGAGAAAUCUCAUCAGUGUCAACUGCAAACCUCUGCGUCCGUGCAUCAACACCAAAAACACCCACAACACCAGUCUGAAUCCGCCAUGCCGUGUCUGGAAAGCCCCUGAAGCUAAAGCUAAGAAGAAGGUGGUGUUCGCCGACUCUAAAGGCAUGUCUCUGACCGCAGUCCGGGUCUUCUCUCCAUGCGAAAAUAAAAAAUCUGACUCGCAGGUGCAGUUCCAGCUCCCGAAGCUAGAGGUGGCUCUCAAUCCUGUCCAAAGCAGAAUCCUCGAGUUUCGGCAACCUGCGACAGAAUACAUGGAAUUCCGGAAGCGCCUGAUGAAGAAUUCAGUGUGUCUGGAGAGCUGCACGUUGCAGGGACGCACACUAACAGGGACAAUCAAAGUGCGAAAUGUGUCAUUCGAGAAAUCUGUCCAAGUUAGGAUCACCUUUGAUUCAUGGGAAAACCACAGAGACAUCGAAUGCACUUUUUUGAACGAUGUCUGUGGUUGCCGAGACACAGAUACGUUUUCAUUCAUCAUUGAAAUUCCAGCAUGUGUGCAGCCUCAGGAUAACGUGGAGUUUUGUGUUAGCUAUACCUGUGGCGGGAAGACGCACUGGGACAACAACAACGGAAAGAAUUAUGCACUUGUAACGACACAUGAAGAGAAGAAGGAUAAAACCAAGGAGACUGAUUUACUUGAUCAAUUUAGAAAGCAGCAACAGUGCAACAGAUUUACUGCUGAUUGGAACAGGCUGAUGAUCGGGAUUCGUGGCCCCCAUUGGUGACACACAUAUGCAACGUUCAUAAGGUUUUAUGUUGCCAAAAUAUAAGCUACUAGAAAAGAAAACCUUCAGUCAUUUAUCAGGACAGAACUUUCGUUCAACCUUUGUUCAUGUUUGGGAUUUCAUUAUGUAUACAGAACAUUUAAAAAAAAAUUGUAUUAUGUUAUACUGUCAUACUGAUUUUUAAACCAUCUACAUGACUUUAAAUAUUUUCAUGCAGCUGUAAUGGACUUACAAAAAUCAACAAAAUAACUGAAAAUCACAUCUGCACAAAAUGGAGAAAGAGCCUUUCCUGAGAUUCUCCUUCAUAUUGAAGGGUUAGAGACAAAUAUUUAUAUCAAAUUUCGUAAUGAUUCCGCUCUGUAGCUUUGAGUGUUGUUUUGUACAGUCCAUGGGUUUAUGUUAGGAAUUUAUUGCUGCUAUAUGUAUUUGUUGUAAAAGUGUCUGGCUUAUUUUUGCCUGGAUGGUCUACUGUUGAUUUAAUGUGAUGCAAAUCAAUAAAAGCUUGGGAAUAUA